ACUGGCACUGUCGUUGCGCUUGAGGCUGCAUAACAAAUCUAGUACCCGUCUGCGCAAAAGUACAGCUCGGCUUUGUUUGCAGCAGGGACCGGCGGCCAUCUGUCCCAUUUACGGAGUGUAACGGUCGUGUGGAUUUACCAAACCUCGGGCAGUGUCUGGGUUAAACUUCUACAACAUGGCCCCCACUCACAAUAUCAAAAAAGAACUGAGUAGAGACGAAGAUGAAUACUAUGGCAUUAAAGUGGACAGAAAGAUCAGAAAGCCGUUGGUUGAGAAAAAGAGACGGGCUCGCAUCAAUGAAAGUUUACAGGAACUCAGAGUUCUUCUCGCAGACACAGAUUUACAAUCAAAGAUGGAGAAUGCCGAAGUGCUGGAAAUGACUGUAAAACGAGUGGAGAGUAUCCUUCAAAACCAAGCACAAGAGGUAGACCCAGUGAACCAGGAGGCGAGUGAAAGGUUCGCUGCUGGCUACAUCCAGUGCAUGCAUGAGGUGCACACCUUCGUGUCCAGCUGCCCGGGAAUCGACGCGACUCUCGCGGCGGAGCUCUUGAACCAUCUCCUGGAAUGUAUGCCUCUGAACGACGAGGACAGACUCCAGGUGAUGCUCCAGGAUAUUAUGGCGGACUGCUCCACUAAUGGCAGUAGCACUUGGCCCAGUUCUGAGGGCAUUUACGCAGCACUGGUCUCCCCUGGAGGAAGGAGCAUCCCCAGCGGAAGCUCCUCAACCCUCUCCCCAGCGCCCUCCACCACCUCCAGCGAUGACCUGUGCUCGGAUCUGGACGAGACUGACUCUGAGCAGAGCCACAUCUCUGUGGACGCUGAAAACCAGGAUGUUCUGAACAUGCCCAGAGUGGCCUAUUCCAAGUCCAUGUGGAGACCUUGGUAG